GGCUCAGUUGGUUAAGCAUGUGACUCUUGAUCUCAGCUCAGGUCUUGAUUGCUGGGUCGUGAGUUCAAGCCCCAUGCUGGGCUCUGCCCUAGGCACAGAGCCUACUUAAAAAAAAAAAAAAAAAAAAAAAAAAAUUCUGUCCUGUUGCUUUAAUUUGAAUUUUCUUUUUCUGGCUUUUAGAGAGACUGAGUGUCUUUUCAUGUUUGUUGGCCAUUUGGUUUUCCUCUUCUGAGAGUUAUUUAAUUUGGAUAGUAGACACAAGGAUAAAAGCCAAAGCAAAAAAAAAAAAAAAGAGGAGAACAUUCUAAUCACACAUACGGAAUAAGCUUGUGGUGUCCAGCCCACAGUAGGUCCUUAGUAAACGGUAGUCAUUCUACCGUUUUAAUUGUUCACCAUUUACAGAUGGUGACAGUGAACCUUAUUGAUGAGACUUAGCAGGCUGCUUCUUGAGUCUGAUGACCCUCCUCUGGCUGUAAAGGGUUCUGAAAUAACCCACAUGACUGAUGUCUUGUAACCAGUGACUCAAAAGGCAUCAGUCAAGGAAAGGAUGUGCUUAGGUUUAAACGAAACCUGCAGUUUCGCAGAGAGAAAAGUGGGAGAAAAAAAAAAAAAAGCUAGACUCUUUUCCAACCACUAAGUUGCCCUAAGCCCCUGGUCACCGUACGCUGAAAACAACGGCAGGGCUAUUUAGAUAGAAAUAAAGCCACUGUUUCAGAAGAGACAAAGAGUUCUGCUUUUAGUUUCUGUGAUUGUCCAUCUCAGGAUCAGCCUGAAUUAUCAAGCAUCUGCAUUGCAAAUACUGGCUGGUUUCAAGAAGAAAUCAUUCAAUUGAAAGCCUGGUGUCGCCAGGCAAUUGGGAGAGUGUGUACCAGCCGGAAACGUUCUCUGCUGCAAGCGAUAGAAAUCUCAACUCCCACUUCCUGAAACAGGACGUAUAUUGUUCAUUUCACAGGCUCCCAAACUGUCUCGGUUCACAGCGUUCCUGGGCCAAAAGGAAUGCCUACCGCUUCUUCUCAUUAAACAAAUAGGUCCAAAAGCACGUAGCAUUUAUGUCCUAACAACUUAGCCAUUUGAAAAGAAAAUACACAUAUAUUGAAAAGUAUUUUAUUUAUAUUUUUAUUUCAUUUUCAGAUGACUACACAUAACUCAGUUGAAUUGAGUCCUUAAAUAACUUCCAUUAUUACAUUCUACAGGUAAUUACCAUGAGAUGUGUGUCCUUUGGGGGACUGCACAACUUCCCAGACCUCGGAGUCAGGUUGGAGACCCUCUUACCUACAUUUCCUCUUCCACAUUGAUUUUUAUGCAGUACUUGCUUUUUAUUAUGGCAACUCCCAUAAAGCCAGCUUUGCAAAGAUAUGAUGUUAUUGGAGAGAAUGUAGGGCCAUUUGAUAUCACGGCCUUGAACAACCUUGAGCUAGUAAUUCACAUAGUGUUUGACAGAUAUCGAGAAUCACUAUAUUUCCCUUGAAGUUUUAUAAUCCCCCAAAGCCCCUGUGAGUUCAGCGUGGCUCUCUGGGGUGCCCUGGUACACAAUCCGAGAAGAUCAGGUUAAUUUAACAAGGAAGUCAGAAGCAGUUGGUCUUGGGGUUAGUCUGGUGGCUUGGUGAUAUCAUCAAAGAUCCACCCUUCUGGCAAGUUGGACCUCUUGGUCUCAAGACAGCUGCCAUGGCACCAACAUCACAUUCUUGCCCCACAGUGCAGCUAUCAAAGUGAGAAAGGAAGGAAGAGCAGUGUGACAGGAUGACAUAGACCAUCUGGACCUGGUGGUGGAUGGCAGACAGGUGUCUACAGCUGCAGAGGUAUCUUGAACUAAAGGAUCUAAACAGAGAUAAAAAUCAGAGGCCUCCAUCAUGUCAACCAGACCUGGGAUUGGAAGACUGAGAAGUUUGCCAAGCUAAACAAGUUCUCAAGGAGACACUAUAUCACUAGCCCACCGGUUAUCCUAGUCGUUUGUGGGGGGACCAGUGUGUUGCUUAUGGAGACACCAGUCCACACGAGAAAUCUUGAGUUGUGGAAAUCUGUUGUGCCUGAAUGACAUUCAGGUUUUCUUUGGAGAGCCACUGUUUUUGGAGCUACCAAGACAGUCCCUGGAUCUAGUGAGGGAGGCUGUGUCUGGAGAGGUGACAUCUAGUUGACCAGGGGUCACGGGAGAGACACCCGAUCUGAGAUUUCAAUGUGCAGUGCAGGUUGGCCCAGGGGGCAAAACAGGACUUCAAACAGAGGGAACAGCGCUGGCAGGGAGGGGAGUGGGCACAUGGCUCAUCGGACUGUUUAGGGUUUGUGUGACCAGAGGUGAGUCAGGGUAGGACUCACAGCCUGUGUGGCCGGCUCUGGGAAUUUGGUUUUGCCCUGAAAGCCAUAGGAAGGGCUGAAAGGUUUUAACGCAGGGAAGGAUGUGAUGAGGUUGAUAGUCUGGGGAACAACAGCAUCUAUCAUGUGGCAGAAAUUUCUGGUGCUCACAAAAAGCCUUUCUUUUUCCUCCUGGGCACGUGGUUAGACUACAUUUCCCAGACUCCUUUGUGGUCAGGUGAAGCCAUAUGACGGACUUCUGGUCAACCAAACAUGGAGGAAAGGGAUAUUUGCCAUUUUAGGCCUAGCCCGUAAAAACGUCCCCCACGUCCUCUCUCCCCCAUCUGCUGGCUGGUGCAGAAGAUCUGGGGACCUAGAUCGUGGGUCUCCAAGAUGGAAAUGGCUUGGAUCCCCGAGUCACCAUGUCAUAAAGGGCCUGCUAUUGUGUCAACAGUGAAUCGAUUUUUAUUAUGUUAACCCAUCUAAAUGUUGGGUUCUUUUUUACAUGGGUUAGCCUACUCUGACGAAAACCACAGCAAUAGGUGCUCUUGAUGGGGCCUGCUCUGAAUCUGGCACUGUCUCAUUUAAUCCUCACGACAGCCUUAUGGGGAUGGGGGACGCCGUCUUCCCACUUCUCCAAAAGAAAACACUGGGGCUGAGGGAGAAGCCAGCAGGCGAUGGUGAAGAAGCCUGAUCCCCACCUGCACCCAAGUGCUGAACCGUGCCCUGCUGGCUCCCAGUACAAGAGGAACAGAUUAAAAUUGGGUGAGGCAAGGGGACCAGAUGAGGAGCUAUAGUGACCCCAGCUGGGAGUUCCUGCCUGUGACGCGGGGAAGGUAUCAGAUGAUUGUAAAUGUUAACCGAGAGAAUGCACAUGAGGUGUCCAGUGCAGGGCCUAGAACCUGGCAGGUAUAUCCUGAACGUUUGAUUUUUUUUUUUUUUUUUUCAAGACACUAAGCAAGAACUCGCGGAGACCUGGGUGAAACCAGGAGAGACAUGUUCUGGAAGCAGUCUUGGCAGGACUUGGGCAAAGCGUGAAGGAGAUGGGGAAGCACAAGGUUGGACAACUGCCUUGUGUUGCCAUUUGCAGGGACACGGGAGGAAGGGACUCUGACUACUCCAGAGACCUCCUAUAAGUGGAAUCAUGCAGCAUUUGUUCGUUGUGACUCAACCCACAUGUUUUGCAAUCACAAAACCUAUGUGACCCUGGGAAACGUAACUUUCCUGAAUCUCCACCUCUCCUUGUGGAAAAGUAGGAGUACCUGCGUCGCGGGCUUACUGUUGAAGUGAGAUAAUGCAUAUAAGGUUCUUAGCCCGGUGCCUGGCAAGUAGAAGGCUUGUAGAAAUUGCCCAGUAAAUACUUGUUACACGUAAAUAUGUGUUCUUCAUUAGUAGACACCGGUGUUGUGCUGAUCGUGUGUCUGCCAGUGUCAUAAGCUCUUUGUCGUAUGAACUCAUUCAAACCACAAACGCCCCUAUGUCGUCGGUUCUAUCGCUAUCGUUCACGCUUCACAGCAGAGAAUACUGCGGCGCAGAGGGGACAGCAACACAGGGCUCCAGAGCCAGCUCACGGCAGAAACGGGCUUGGGAUCCAGGCAGCCUGUUUCCGAGGCCCACAGGCUUUCCCGCGACGCACGUUGUUACCGUGGCUGCCGCUGGCUGUCGGGGAGCCUCCGCAGCCCUUUAAAAAAGUAGAAUGAGCAGCCCUGGUCUGAGAUAAGAGCCCGACAGCAGGUGCACUCUCCCAGCCAGCUCAGGCAAGAGCAGGUGCGCGGGUCACUCGGGCCCUGAUGUCUGCGGAGGCGGCUGUGUCUGUGCGUGACGCUGAGUUUGUCGGUGGCAAGGGGAAGCAGCCAAGCAUGGGAGGCAGGUGUCGUGAAUCCUGGUAUGAGCGGUUCCUGCAGCCCUGUCUGGUCGAACUGCUGGGCUCUGCCCUCUUCAUCUUCAUCGGGUGCCUGUCGGUCAUUGAGAACGGGCCGGACACUGGGCUGCUGCAGCCGGCCUUGGCCCACGGGCUGGCCCUGGGCCUCAUCAUCGCCACACUGGGGAAUAUCAGUGGUGGGCACUUCAACCCUGCGGUGUCCUUGGCGGCCACGCUGAUUGGAGGCCUCAACCUGGUGAUGCUCCUUCCCUACUGGAUCUCCCAGCUGUGCGGGGGGCUGAUCGGGGCCGCCUUGGCCAAGGCAGUGAGUCCUGAAGACAGGUUCUGGAACGCGUCUGGGGCGGCCUUUGUGACGGUCCAGGAGCCGGGGCAGGUGGGGGGGGCGGUGGUGGUGGAGCUGAUCCUGACGACCCUGCUGGCACUGGCUGUUUGCAUGGGCGCCAUCAACGAGAAGACGCAGGGCCCUCUGGCUCCAUUCUCCAUUGGCUUUGCCGUCACCGUGGACAUCCUGGCCGGGGGUGCUGUGUCCGGAGCCUGAAUGAAUCCUGCCCGUGCCUUUGGACCUGCUGUGGUGGCCAAUCACUGGGACUUCCACUGGAUCUACUGGCUGGGCCCGCUCCUGGGGAGCCUCCUGGUAGGAGUGCUUAUCAGGUUCAUCAUUGGAGAUGGGAAAACCCGCCUAAUAUUUAAGGGACGAUGACCCUGGUGGCAUUGUUGCGGCCCCACCCAGAAUGCAGACAGGUCACCUUCUGCAUUUCCUGCCUGGGCAGAGGCCCAGAGGAGCCCCUCACUUGCUUCCCCCCCAUGUGCGCCUGGCUUCCCAGAUAGACAGACUGUCGCUAAGUUCUGAGGAUGCUCUAUGUUCUCCAAACUCCACUGGGCUCGGUGGAGACCUCAGCCUGGGGGGCGUGUUGCCGGAACGAGGGAGAGGUCUUUCUCGGGAGGGAGGGUGCCAGGAGCUGAAUAGGUGGCUGUUUAUGCGCAGGAGUUCACUGCCCCCGGCCCCCUCUCCUUCUCCUUCUUCGCUGUUACAGAAGGGCCUUCAGGGGGUUUCCCUGCUUCCUGAGCUGCCACUUUAGCUUUGCAAUAAAUAGUCCACUAUUUC